AUGCCGCUUCGCUCAGAACGAAACGUUUUCGAUAUUACAAUUACGCAAAAGCGGUAGUGUAUGUCGAAAACUUUUCGGCACCAAGAUGGCUAGAUCCCCAGAACUGCUAUCUGCGGUGUGACAAUUGGUGAUAAGUGAUAACUCAUUUGUGAUUUGUGUCAAAACCAAAAUGCAGAUUUGAAAAAUGCAAAUAAAAUUAUUCAUGUAUGAAAAUUGAAAACGAAGCACUGAGUUUUAUCGAAGUGCGAUUUACUUUUUUCGAUGUUAAGCAAUUCUUCUAUGCAACAUACAAGUUUUUCUUUAAUAUGUAUUGUUAAAUAUAAGUGCUUACAAUGCUAAGCAGAUUUUCAGAUGUGCUGCAAACUGCUGCGGACGUACUAGCUCCACCAGCAACAAGGUAUGAAGAUUUUCAAUAUCAUUGGAAGAUGAUAGUGAACUUUUAUCAAGCUUAUGAUGAAACAUCAAAAGUGCACAUUGAAGAUACCAGAGUUCCACAUCAUUUACACCAGAUGUUUCAGCUAAUAGUUGAUGAAGAAAAAGAACAACAAGGUGGAACUGUUGGGCCUUGUUUAGAAGCAGUGGUACAGAGAUCAAUAGGUGUAUUAGAUGCAUUAGCAGUUCUUGCAGUAACUGAUAGGCCACCUGGGGCAAGAGCCAUGGCUUUGAAUUUAGCAACAACACUAUUAAGAAGAACACAACGACCAUGUAUUAAUAGUGUUCAUGUUUACCGGCCACUGCAGAGAAUGCUUGUCCAAUGCAAUGAAAGUCCAGCAUCGCCAACGGAAAAGGAGGAAGUAGAACUGCUCCUAACCAUCUGUGGUCUUGUAAGAAAAGAAUCAGGUCUUGCUAACAUAUUCACAACACCGUUUAUUGAAGACAAAGUCAGCUUAAUGUCAAUACCAGAAGAUAUUCAACUGCUUAUACCAGUUAAAAGAAAAGUUAAUAAGCCUAAGAAAAAUCCGCUAUUCGAUGUAGAUAUGACGCCGCCAAUAAAAAUGGCGAUUGUGAGAAAAGACAGUUCUAAUAACUCAGUGGCGGACGACGCGUCUGUAAAAAGUCAGAAAACUGUGUAUGACGAUAACGAUAAGUUUCUCUUGAUUGAUCUGUUACUAUCCUAUUUAAAUAGUGCGGAUAACCAAGUGGUCCUACGAGCUUGUGAGGGUAUAAUGAUAGUGUCAUCGCUUCCGGAAGACGAUAUAGCCAACUUAAUAACUAGUUGUAGCCCGUGCUGUGAGACAAUUGUUGAUAAAUUAUGCUUCAAAUACAGAGCGAUACCAAAUGAUGUAGAUCCUAAUGAUGUUGAUCAUCUUAAUAUUACUUGGGCAUAUGUCGCUCAGGAUUUUGGUGAUAAAAGCUACAACAAGUUCCAUGGGUAUAGAGAAUUAACCAGUUUCUUCUCUUGGUUGGACUACUGUGAUACUUUAAUGAAGGAAUGCCACCCAACAAUAGCUGCACACUUAGCCCGUACCUUCAGGUCAAACUUCCUGGAAGGUGUAGAAAGCUGGCUUUUGCCAGCCAGUAAUAAUUCGUCAUUCGUCCACCAGGCAGCGCUGACAACUGCCCUUCUAGCAAAGUGUUUACGCGUAAUUGACUCUUCGGAUCUCAUCAAUGAGUUCUCCAACUGGUUGGUUGGUGACGGAGAGGUGUCAGAAUGGCCAUUAUUAUUGGCGCUUAUUAAUAACUGCCUGACAGAAGACUAUGAUCUCACGUUGGAAACAUUAAGGUUCUUUGAGACAAUAAUAGAGCGCGGCACAGAACAUAGCAUGGACCGGAUAGUCGUGUCACGUGUUAUUUCUCGCGGCUAUUAUUCGCCCCCUGCCCCUGCCACGGUGGAUACCGAUGAGAGAGACAGACUAAAUGACCUGUCCUUCGGGCGGGAGCGAGAUAGAAAUAGGGAAGCCAUGAAGCAGCUCGAACACGAAGACGCAAUAAACGAGCAAAUAAGUGAUAUUUUGUCACACGAGGGUCUCGAUAACAAGGAACAAGGAGAGAAUGUGGAGAAUAUACAUCGAGUUAUAAAUAGUUUUUUGCUGGUUUUGCCGCGCGCGCUGUUGUCAGACCCGGUGGGGGCAGAUUAUGAACAUUAUAUACAUGAUGCCCAACGACAUUACCAGCUAUGGCUAGAUAUAACAGCAUCGUUUCAUUGGCCUACUGAACCCAAUUGGAUGGAAAACACAGCUAGUUCCACACACAGUUAUGACAGUCGGCCUGAAGCAGACUUUCAUUUUAGUGCCUUCGACACAUUGCACACUAAUACCAAAAAACUUCUAUCCAAAGAACUAACAGAUGAAGAUCAAUCCAAAGCACCAUCCACAGAUAAUGAUGUCAAGGACGACGUCAAAAGUGACACGUCAGAUACUACAGAUAAACGAAUAGUUUCACAGACUAUUGAAGAUGAAUUUGAUGAGGGGCCGUUUUUCAAAAUGAUAUUCAAACUGUUAUCAAGGAUGCCCGAUCAACCUUAUCAAGUUAAUUUGCAUUUGACAUCGAUUAUAUCUAAAUUAGCUCUAUUGCCGCAUCCAAAUUUGCACGAAUUUUUACUUAAUCCAAAUUUGCCAACGUCCAAGAAUACUCGUACGUUGUUCAAAGCUCUACAGGAUGUCGCGAGAAGGCUAACCUUAGAAAUACCUAGGAUGAAGAAUUAUAAAAAGAUAAUUGAAAACACUAGGCAGCAACUGAUGAGUGAAGAUCCCAGCUAUGAUAUUAGCGGAGACCAUAACCAACUUGUUGAAAGCUUAAUAGUGUUGGAGGAGUUCUGCAAGGAGCUCGCUGCGAUCGCAUUUGUCAAAUAUCAACACAUCAUUCAUAUGCACAGAUAAAUAUAUUAUAAGCUUUGCGUAAAAUUUUAUUUAUUCAAUAGCUUGGCAUUAUUUAAAAAUUGUUAGAGAUUGUUAUUAUUUAUUAAAUAUUUAAAUGGUUAACAAAGUAUUUAUUUCGAAUACCUAAUAUGCAUAUUGUUUUCUUCAUCAUAUUUUUUACGAUCCGUUUUAAAACGUGAAUCUUUCUUACUCAAGGACAUUCUUCUCCUUAAGUUUUGCCGAAACAAGAUUCAAAUGUAAUCAAGCAUUUGACUAAACCUAGUAAUUAAAUUAUUGUAUCGUAAAUUCGAAUGCAUUAAUAAAAGACAUCUAAUGUAAUAGCAUAAUUAAAAAAAACUGAUUAUGAAGGAUUUAUAGAUAGGACUAAACGCCCGCGGCUUAGAAAUGACAUGUAAAGGGUCUUAAAUAUUAUUUAUCUAUUUACGAUCGACGGAUCUCAUGGCAUACUUUUUACUUAAUUUAUUUAUUCUUUAUUAAAAAAAAUGAAGUGGCUCAAAUAUUAGUAGUAGUCACCAUUACUACUUAUUUAUAUAAAAAGAACGCUAAAAUUGAUAUCCAUGGUAACACGGUACUAACUUUAGUCCACGUUGUAAGGAUUUGGUUUUGUGUAAAAUAAAUAUUUUUACUCAGGUUUAAAUGGAAAGUAGUCGCGAUGAUUCGUUCUAUAUAUUGAUACGGCAGUUAUGAUUUAUGUGCCUCGAUAUUGAGACAUGCAAAAACCCGAGUCGUAAUACUCUGCCUUGAUUCGAAUAUAAGAUAUAUAUAUGGAAAAAUAUUUAGUUUUAUACUUAGCACACUCUAGUCGAGAUUAUUUUUUUGUAUAGCAUUUCUUCAUCACGUGCCUUUAGCAUAGAAUACCACAAUAAAUGUAUUUUAAUAUGAAUCCUGUUUCUGAAUCGGUGUGUUCGGAAAUCG